CCAACAAUGCAGAGCGACUCGAGGAUGAUCAAAGACGAAGAUGUAUGUUUUAGCAUGAGCAUGAAGAGAGCUCCCCACUUCCCCCAUUGCCUACAGUUGGGAGCACCGAGGAUGAAAUCUCACCAGAGACAACUCUUCCCAGAAGAAUACAGGGGGCCCUUUUCCCAGUUUCGGUACGAACCUCCGUCAGGAGACCUGGAUGGAUUCCCAGGAAUCUUAGAAGGAGGCGGGUCUCGGAAACGGAAGAGCAUGCCCACCAAGAUGCCAUAUAGCCACCCUCCAGCCAAUGCCACAACUUCCCAUCAAUCCGACAAGGAUAAAAGACCCGGGUCACCCAGCCUACCGUUGCUCUUCCAGCAGCCCCCACCGCCCAAAUACGACGCCCAGAUGAUCGACCUCUGUAACAUAGGUUUCCAGUUCUAUCGAACCCUAGAACACUUGGGGGCCAAACCUAUCAAGCAAGAGCCCAUCAAACCCAGCACCAUGUGGUCCCAUCCUCCUCCCCCCCCAUUCCUAUCGACACCUUACCCCUACUACCCCAAAGUCCACCCAGGCCUGGUGUUCCCUUUCUUCAUGCCUCCCCCGGGCUUCCCCUACGGCCGGCAUCCCUUCCAGGCCAAACGUCCGGCACAGCCACCGAUGCCCCCCAAAGCCGAGAUGCAGGACGGUGAGGAGAGCAAGCAGAAGGUGGAGCGGGUGGAUGUCAACAUCCAGAUCGAUGACAGCUACUACGUGGAUGUGGGAGGAGAGCAGAAGCGCUGGCAGUGCCCCAUGUGUGAGAAGUCCUACACCUCCAAGUACAACCUGGUCACUCACAUCCUGGGCCACAGUGGCAUCAAGCCCCACGCCUGCACCCGCUGUGGGAAACUCUUCAAGCAGCUCAGCCACCUGCACACCCACAUGCUGACCCACCAGGGGACCCGCCCCCACAAGUGCCAGGUGUGCCACAAGGCCUUCACGCAGACCAGCCACCUGAAGAGGCACAUGAUGCAGCACAGUGACGUGAAGCCUUACAACUGCAGGAUCUGCGGCCGCGGCUUCGCCUAUCCCAGCGAACUCAAGGCCCACGAGUCCAAGCACGAGAGCGGGAGAGAGAAUAUCUGUGUGGAGUGCGGCCUUGAUUUCCCCACCCUGGCCCAGCUGAAGAGGCACCUCACCACUCACCGGGGCCCCAUCCAGUACAAUUGCACCGAGUGUGACAAGACUUUCCAGUACCCCAGUCAGCUCCAGAACCACAUGAUGAAGCACCAGGACAUCCGGCCCUACAUCUGCUCUGAGUGUGGCAUGGAGUUUGUGCAGCCCCAUCACCUCAAGCAGCAUUCCCUAACCCACAAGGGCGUAAAGGAGCACAAAUGUGGCAUCUGCGGGCGGGAGUUCACCCUGCUGGCCAACAUGAAGAGGCACGUGCUGAUCCACACCAACAUCAGGGCUUACCAGUGUCACCUGUGCUUCAAGAGUUUCGUGCAGAAGCAGACACUGAAGGCGCACAUGAUUGUGCACUCCGACGUCAAGCCUUUUAAAUGCAAGCUGUGUGGGAAGGAGUUUAACCGAAUGCACAAUCUCAUGGGCCAUAUGCACCUGCACUCAGACAGCAAACCCUUCAAGUGCCUCUAUUGUCCCAGCAAAUUCACGUUGAAAGGGAAUCUGACUCGCCACAUGAAGGUCAAACAUGGAGUCAUGGAGAGAGGAUUUCACUCCCAAGGUUUUGGAAGAGGAAGGAUGGCCCUAUCCCAGACAGUAGGGGUGUUGAGGAGCUUGGAACAAGAAGAACCUUUUGACCUUUCCCAGAAAACUCGGGAGAAGGGCACCCCCUUUCACUCUGAUGGAGAGAGUGCCAAGGGCAGUUCUUGCCUUGAGGAGGAGGAGGAAGACAAUUGCUUUGAGCCUGAGCCGUACAGCCCUGGCGUGUACCAGCAGGACAAGCCCCUGUACCCGCCCCAAGACCUAUCUAGAAAAACUGAGCAAGUGAUGAAAAGCCUCCAAGAAUCCUAUGGUGAAGAGAAGGAAGGGACUCUGAAUGAAGCCUUGGAGGAGAAAGGGAAAGACAGCAUCAGUGUGGAAGGAGGCCAAGAGAGAGACUUUGCAUGCAAAGAUGAGCUCCGGAGCUUCAGGGCUUUCCAGAGUGGCAGGCUUGAGCCUUCUUUUUCUGAUUAUCUUUACUUUAAGCACAGGAAUGAGAGUUUAAAAGAAUUAUUGGAGAGGAAAAUGGAAAAACAAGCGAUGCUUUUAGGUAUCUAAAUGGACAGCUUCAAAAUUACCUUUGGAAAAUGAGAAGCCGGCGGCUCAAAUGCAGCUUUCAGUAGGAGCUAUAAUUUGCAGGGGACUGCCCAUUUGGGCAGCUCUUUAAAGAUGAUCGAACCAAAUCAGUAAGAACAAU